CCUGCCCCGCCCCCGGAUGUGGCUGUGCGGCCGUUCCGGCCCGUUGUCACUGACGCUUCGCGGUCGCUGGGGCUGCCGCUGCGGAGUCGAGCGGGGAGCCCGGCCAGUGGAUUCUGAAUAUGGAAUGGGGAGGAGAGUAUUCUCUUGAUUCUUCCAAUUUAGACUGUUUGUUAAAUGUUCUCCCUGGAGAACUGGAGUUUCAACAGAUCCUUGAUGAUCUUGAUGAAAAAAUAAAGAAGAAUUCUUCUAGCAUGGAACAAUGUCUUAAAGAUCUGAGAUCAGAAGUAAAUGAAAUAUGUACUGAUGAAAUACUACAAAGCACAAAUGACUGCCUUCAGUGGUUAAACAACUGCAAUUUUGUUUCUCUCCGUCCUUCAUCUACACCGCAUGGAGAACUGAUGGAGUUCCUUAGGACUCUGCAAAGGUUGCUGAAGAAUGAGCAAAAUCAAGAAGAAAUGAUUCUUCACUUCCUUCUGGAUCUCUCUAGUCAGUGUGGUGUUUCAUUUCCCUGUUCUCCAAGUGGGAUGUCUUUUGAGUUUACGUCUUCUCUUCAUGCCAUUGAGGAUGAUUCAACAAUAGAUGUGAAAUCUCUCUGGGAUGAUGUGAGACUGCACCUUCGACGAUUUUUAGUAAACAGACUGCAAAGUCAAGAAGAGACAAAUCCCAAUGCUUCACAACAACAAAUGCAGCUUAAAACUCAGUGCAUACAGCAACUUCUGUUCCUUUAUCCUGAAUCAGAAGUCUUAUCAAAGUAUCAAAAUAUGCAGAGUAAAAUGGUUCGUGAUCUUCUACAGAAUUGUGUUUUGUCUAGCUGUGGUGAAACAAAUUUUGAUAAGGUCGUUCAUGGCUACCAAAGUUCCAUACCGACACUAUGCACAAUAAUAAGAGAGGAUUUCUAUAUACUAAGUGGAACUAUCGAUCCUUCUUCAUCUCUGAAGUUCAUUAAUGAAACUUAUCUGGAUACUAUCACUGAAGAAAUAACAGUUCUUCUUGAAAGACUUUGUGAGCUGCAGUUCAAAGAAAAUGCUCUGCACGUAAUUAAGGCGAACAAGAUUUCAAAGAAGCAUAGGAGAACGGUUCAUGCUGUGGCCUCACAAGAAUACCACAAAAAAGGAAGGAACUUUUGUUUAACAUUGUAUCAACUUAAAUGUCUUUCUCAACUCAUCAAACUCUUUCUAUUCAUGGAAGAAAAAAUUGAAGAACUCUGUGCAGAAAUUCUGUUGAUGCCUUUGUUUACUGAGAAGAAUAAGAAUGUUCAAGGAGUUCUGAAGAAAGCUAGUGGGGAGCUUUUAAUGGGAGAAACUAGAGUAGAUGAAGCCAGUGUGCUUCGUGAACAGUUACUUCAGGUAAAAGAGCCUAUUUUACUGAAUUUUGGUUGGAGAAAUGCAUUUAAGGACCUGUCUUCUUCAGUGGCUCACUGUAUAACAAUAGCAAUUCAGGAUUUUUCAACUAAAAUUCUUCAACAUGAGCUGCAAGAACAGUCUUCAGCUGCUGGCUAUGCAAUGAGUCUUGUAAACAACCAGCAAAUAAGGGAGUCCUGCAGAGCAUUCCAACAAGAGGAGCAACCAAAACGAAUUGCUAAGUUUUGUUCUGACAUCAUGGGAGAACUUGACACACUGCUUCCACUGGCUCUGGCAUGCAGAGAUGAUUCUCUUGAGGAAAUUAGAGCAAAUUUUGUAGAGGCUUGCAGCAAAGUAGCGACAGCUGUCCUGGCAAGACUAGAGGAAAAAAGUGAAGACGUUCCCUCCAAGGCUCCCCUGCAAAACUUAUAUGCUGCUCUUUCCACAGCAAUAUAUGUCUGUCAACAUUUUACAGUGUAUAGCAAUUUAAUGAGAGAAGGCAGCAAAAAACCUCUUUUCUUAGUGCCUAUCCAACAAUAUCAGGAAUUCAUCAACGUUCUUCAGUUUCAAGUUACGAACUACUGUGUCAGAGUUUGUGCUACAAGCAUUUUGCAGGAUGCUGAGAGCCACCACUGGGAUGACUACAAAGCUUUUUAUGAGGGUGAAAGAUGCUCAUUCUCAGUCCAGAUGUGGCAUUACUUCUGCUGUGCUCUUCAUCAUGAUCUAUGGACUAUUCUACCUCCCAAGUUAGCCCAGGAGAUUCUUACAGAUGUGCUAGAGCAAUCUUUGGAUGUGCUGUCCUCUAGAUAUUCCCAAGCCUGUCCUAGUUAUAAGCGAACACCACAAAUCAGAAUAGAUAUUGCAGCAAUUUUGAUGUCCACUGAAAAUAUGCUGUGGUCAGUUUGCAGCUCAGUCCAGGAAUUUCUGAAUCCACACGAAGACAGAGAUCUCAAGAUCUAUAAAAUACAUAGCCACUGCAAUAAUAUGCUCUCUGUGCUAGCUAUUUUAACUUCACCACUGAAAAAUUUGUAUGAGACUUUUGUGAACAAUUCUGGAGAACAUCUUCCUCAUGUUUUGUCUAAAGGCUUUUAUCAUCCAUUACGUUGGUUAUUUUGCAUACCAUCAUCCAGUCCUUCCUUACCAAAGAGUCCAUCAGCCAGAGAAAUGGCAGCCCAAGGUCAACUGAAACUGCUCUUAUCCCAGCCAUACUGUAAUUUGAACUUGCUCUUGGAAACCUUGCUGUAUAAUGAUUGUCUCUUGGUGAGAAUUUUACUGAAAAGUUCAAGAAGUGAAGUACUCACUGGUGAUGAACAAAUUUCUCUCUUAGAUGAAAUAAAUAACAAGGAGCCUACUCUGACUGAAACUAUCUUUACUAUAUUGUCUGACUGCAUUUUAUCACCCAAAUCACUUGGCAUUGCUUUUGAGGCCUACAUGGAAAAAGAACAGUUGUGGGAUUCCUUAUACAAUAUGACAGUUUCCAGUUGUGGCGACUCAGAGCCAGAGGUUAUCAGAUGCUUGAAGCUGAUAUUGAUUAAUUCAGUCAAGGGUAUAGUUAAGCAGAUCGUUUCUUUGAUGCAUUCAUGGGAAGCAACAGAAAACUAUGGAACAUAUCAGCACAAACAAAUUGUUCCUGAAAGUUUACUGAAGACAGUUCCAAAGGAGUGGAAUUAUACACCUCGGGAAAUGAAGAGGAAGGAAUCCGGGAAAUGCUUCACAAGGCUUGCAGCUCAGGCAGUAUCUAUUGUAAUCAGCAAGUUACCUACAGUGAUUGCAUGUUUGCCUCCCCCAAUUAAGUACUUCUUUUUUCUGGCUGAGAGAAAAAUGUCAAGAAACUUUGCUGAAUUGAAGAAAGCUGGUCUGCUUGUCUGGAACUUGAUUGUAAUUAUAUGUCGGAUAUUUGAGGAUGGAAAUACUGCAGAACUUUUAACAGGUGCAACACUUGACAGAUGGAGCAAAGAAAAACUCAGUUUAGUUCGUGUGUGCUUAGAAAGUAUUAUGGGAAAACAGAAAAGUGGUCCUAAACAAGUGACCCAGAAGGUUAUACAGAGCAUAGAACAGCAAAGACCAAACUGGAUUGAAAGUCAGUUGCUGAAGGCAAGAAAACUGAGCACAGACUGUAGCCCGGAUCCAAUAGAAGGUGCAGUGUUAGAGCAAGAAGGCAUUGCAUUUGGAUUCACUGAGCAGAAAAUAAACAUGAUGGUCCUGGAUAUCUGCCACAAACCAGGUGGCAGCAAGUACCUGAGGCAAAUUUAUCACAUCAUUCGGCUCAAUGAGCAAUAUUUGAAUGAGCAACUGUCUUAUGAGAAUUCUCCUGAAGAGAAUGUAACUUCCAAUCAAAGCUUGCUUUUGACACUGAAGGGCAAAGAGGAGCAAGCUGUCUUCAACCCCUUCCAGGUGCACAGCCAGUCUUGUGCGAAAGUGUUCAAUCAGUCAACCAUUACUGAAUGGAACUGGGAUUGGUCAGACUUGCUGUCAAGUUGUUUGGGACUGAAUCAGAUGACCUUCAGGGUGCUGCUGGCACACAGGCAGAUUCUCUACGCCUCGAUCAUUUUUGUUGACACUGCAACCUGUCCGCCCUGUCCAUUUUUUAAUUUUUUUUUUUAAUUCUGUAGACCAAAACUAAAACUAAUACUUCAGUAAUGGCCUGACAAGCACCAAGUAAAGGAGUGGUUGUAUCUUGUAUCUCUGUUAAUAAUGUCCCUGUGUAUGCAGCCCAGGAUCUGUUUUGUCUUGCUUAUUUAAGCAGUGUACAGCUGAUUCAUGUUCAGUUUAUUAUCCUCCAAGAUCUCCGGAUCCUUUGAGCAAGACUGCUUCCUAGCCACACAGACCCUAAUGUCUUCUGACACUAUAGGUGUUUGAUGUUGGUGGAGGUCAAACACCUGUUUGAUGCAGCUGUUUGUUCACUUUUGAUGGUAUCUCCCAUGUUUCAUCUACUGAUGUAAAAGUGAUGUAUUUUUUCUCUUGCAAUGUGUAUGAUUGCAUGGUAGUACAGUCACUAAAUAUUUUGAAAAUGUAGUACUCUUGCUUUGUAAAAUAAGUGAAUGUUAUAGUGAAUGAUACCAUUAGCCUAUCUGUUAAUCUAGUCAGUCCCAAGCACAGUUUUGAAAUAUGGUUUCUUCAAAUGGAUUCAGCUACGAUAUAGUUUAUUGAAAUGAUAAAUAAUGAGAUUGAAACAUGUAGAACAAGCUUUGGUAUAACUGAAUUAAUUUUAAAAGAGCUGGGGAAUUAUAGGGGAUGUGCACCCUGUGAACUGAGUCUUUUUCCCUAAUGACGCUUUCUUAGCAUCUAAUAAUAACAUGAAGAUAAAGCUUUUUUAUCUUCUGCAGUAAACAUGUCAAGUUCUCAGUGGCAUCUUUUAAUUGUGAAAACCAAAGGUCUGCCUCAACUUUCCUAUGUUAAGCAUUUGUAUCAACUUCCUUGCAUGCUUCGUUUUCUCUGUAGUUUCAAAUGUGUGGGAGCAUUUGAUCAGUGUUCUUUUUAAAUUCAAAAUGAGCCAGCUUCUGUCUCAAAAGUGUCUUAUUGUCAUGAUGUCAUUGCGCCUCAAGAUUUGUGACCUUUUGCUCCAUAUGGAUUCAUGGAGGACCACGUUGUGUUUUUGCAGACUAGAUUGCUUUUGUCCCCCCGCUAGGGGGUAUCAAAGCCUUUUGGACUAAAGUUUUACAUACUAGUAAGUUUGCAAAUAAAUAAAUACAUGAAAUAAAAAUAAUAUACUAAAAUAGACCAACAACAAGUGAAAGCACCCAACAGUGAAACAAACCUAGGGUUUAUGUAUUAUAAGGACCGCCAGAUGUCGCAAAGGCAUCAUUGAUGAACUGUUUUUUUAUCCAAAAUGUGGCACUUAUAUGAGGAAUAGUAGUAUUGUGUUUGAGAGUUGCAGGGGCCAUAACAGGUCAGUGAAAUGUCCUUCAAACAUUUGAUUUUUACAUUUGAGAAUAGGCCAAGAUGAAAAGAUAACUACAUAUCUGACAUUGACGUUACUACCAUUUAGACAACCGAUGCAAUUGCCUUAGUGAGUGAGAUCAAUCAGACCUUUAUUACUUUGAAAACCACAAAAAAGAUUUAGUUUUUUUUCUUUAAAAAUGAGAGUUUUCAACCUCAUCAGAUCACAAGCUUCUAAAUGUAAAAUUAUUGUAAUAUGUAUAUAAAGUUUCAUUUUCUCCUUAUUCUUUUAAAAGUUGAGUACUACAGAAAACAUUAAAAAGAAUAACAAGUAGUCUUGAAAGAAUUUGAGCUGAGUUGAACGCAUAAAAUGGCAGUUUAACAAGUAGAACUUGGAAACAAGCAUUUGAUGAUUGAUUUUUUAUUGAGACAGAAUGAGAAUGAUACUGGAUAAAGUGAUUUUCCUUAUUGAGAGAAAAUAUAGUGUUUUUCAACAUGUCGUCAGUAUGAAUGGAAGCCCUGUCAAAAAAACUGAGCAACACAUAAUAUCUUUUAAAAGGUAAAUUAACAUAAGUAUAUCACUUAGUUUAUGGAUCAAAUUUUACACUUGUCAGUUUUAUUCAUAAUGUCAUAAAGUUUAUAUUGUAAAGGUAGUGUUAUUACCUUUGUUAUGUCCUGAAAAAGCCUAAUAUUAACUGAGUUCAUUCUAGAAUUUAAAGUAUAUUCAGCUGAAGAAAUGCCAGUGCAGAAAAUUAAGUCCAAAAUAUGUAUUCAUGUGCAGAUCUUAGUCAAAUCCCUGGUAAUUUUAAGUACUUGAAAUACAUUAUUCAACAAGUAACCUGCUGUAUGUUUGCGUUUAAUGGGCUCUGCCUGAGUAUACAGAAGCUGUCAAGAUAAAAUAUGGAACAUGCAUCAUUCUAAUUCAAUUAUGAUUCUUCUUAAAAAAUAAAAUAAAUGCGUGUCUGUGUGGGUUUGUGUUGUAUGUGGAAACGUGCGAUCUUUAUUACUAUGGUUGGAUUUUAUUUUUUUUUAUAUGCUUCCUCGUAAUUUCUCUUUGCUCAGGUACAUGUAUAUCUAUGCCACAUGCAAGAUGUAUAAAUAUAAAAAUUUUAUUUUUUCAAAUGUUGGAGAAGUUCAAAAUGAUAAUUGAACUUACACUGGGUGCAUGUAUAUAUACUUACCUACAUUUGUCCUUCUCCAUGUUUCACAUAUUAAAAUAAACAGUAAGACAGUUAGGUAUAUACAUACAUGCCUAAUUGUCAUGAAAUAGAUUAAGUAGGCCCUGGACUUUCAUCUAGCCUGUUGAGAAUUAACGUCUGGAAACAAGCACACCUUUGUCACUAAUUAUUAUUUCCUUGACCUUUGUAUAACUGUGAUAUCAGUAGAGUUCUUAACUUAAUAGGAAGGACAUACUUGCAUAAUAUUCCACAAACAUUAAAUUAUUUAACUCUUUGACAUCCUUGCAUGAUAACUGAGGUUUUUUUGGCCUUGCAGAUUUUUAUAUGUGUCUGUUUGUGUACUAUGCUUAUGAGUUACCCACAUAUGGAAUACUUCGUGUUUUGUUCUAAGACUUUAUGUAUAUUUAACCUUUAAUUUAACUAGCAGGUUGUAAGAUUUCCAUAAAAAAUAGAUGAGCUUUGAACUCACCGAAUGUUAUUGGUGUAGCACAAUCAAUCAUUUCUAAAGGUUAAUGGUGUUAAAAACAAUGAGAACAUAUGUCUUAUUUUUAAUACUGUUAUAUUAGUAAAAUUAUUUAGCAUAAAGAAUUGGUAUCCUAUCCUUUGUGUUAAAUUUGAAUUUACAGUUUUUGAUCACUAGGUUAUAAGUUUUAUUACCAAAGUUGAAUGGGAAUAAAAACAAAUAAGUGUUUAUAUAAACUUUCUUACUAUGAAUAAGAUAACUGAUGGUAUGGUAGCUGAGACAUCUCUGUAGAGCUAAAUUACUCUGGAAUGCAUUACAAUUAUUUUUGAAGUGUUUUUACUUCUUUUGAUCCCAUUCUGCUAUGUUUUAAUAAAAUUUGACUUAUAUACAGUUGUUAUCCUAAUUACAUAAUACAUAAAACUCUUGAAUGAAAUAAAAAGUCAGUAUUUGAAAGACAGUGUAGUGCGGGGCAUGAGAUUUCAAAUGGUAAAAACCUGCUGUGGCAACAAAGACUGAAUCUGUUCCUGUGUUUCA